AUGUCACUCGACGCAUCCAAGCUUACCAUCACUAAAACCACCAACUCCAAGACCCCCUUGCCCAAGGAACAGCUUGUGUUCGGCAAGACGUUCACCGACCACAUGUUGGAGGUCGAAUGGACUGCCGAAAACGGGUGGGGUGCUCCCAAAAUCUCGCCCUACCACGCUCUUAGCCUCGACCCUGCCAGUAGUGUGUUCCACUACUCGUUCGAGCUCUUCGAGGGCAUGAAGGCGUACCGUGACACCCAUGGCAAGAUCAGAACAUUCAGACCCGACAAAAACAUGGCCAGAAUGAACCGUUCGGCCAAGAGAGCUGCUUUGCCUCAGUUCGAAGGCGAUGAGCUCUUGAAAUGUAUCGACGAGCUCUUGAAGGUGGACGAAAAGUUCAUUCCCGAGGGUUACGGCUACUCACUCUAUUUGCGUCCCACACUCAUCGGGACCACCAGCAGCUUGGGCGUGGCCAAGCCUGACAGAGCCCUCUUGUUCGUGAUUGCGUCUCCCGUGGGUCCCUACUUCAGUGGAGGCUUCAAGCCUGUGUCUUUACAGGCCACUGACUACGCAGUCAGAGCCUGGCCAGGAGGUGUGGGUGAGUACAAGUUGGGUGCAAACUACGUGUCGUGCAUCGAGCCCCAGUCAGUGGCUGCAACCAAGGGCCACUCUCAGAACUUGUGGUUGUUUGGCGAGGAAGGCUACAUCACCGAGGUUGGAGCCAUGAACUUCUUCAUUGUGUUCCAGAAGGACGGCAAGAAGGAGUUGGUCACAUCUCCAUUGGACGGAACCAUCUUGCCUGGUGUGACCAGAGACUCCACGCUUGCGUUGGCCAAGGCCAGGUUGGACUCGUCAUGGGAGGUCAACGAGCGUAAGAUCACCAUCCACGAGGUGCAGGAAAGAGCUGCCAAGGGCGAAGUGGUGGAGGCUUUCGGCACAGGUACUGCUGCCAUUGUGUCACCCAUCAGCAACAUCGAGUUCCACGGUGCGGACAUUGCCAUUCCUGUCGUGGGAGGCACUGCCGGUGAGUUGACCCAGCAGAUCGAAAAGUGGAUCAGGGAAAUCCAAUAUGGUGACGUGGAGUUCGAGGACUGGUCCAGAGUUAUCGUAUAA